CUUUCCCUCCCUUCUCUACUCCUCUGAUGGAGCCAAACACUAUCUCCUUCUCUUCAAAACCUCAGCUACCGACUCUACAUCGAUCCACUACGCUGCUUCCGUCGGCCAGCCUCCGUCAAAUCCGCCGGCAGUUCAUAGGUUUUAGUCACAAUCUCCGCCCUCCCGGCGCUUUUCGCCUGAAUCAGCUGCAUAAGUCGGGGAGGCUGCAGGUUCACUCUCCCCGGUUCAUUGUCAGAGCUUCUUUUGACUCCAAUUUGGUUCUUGUUGUUUUCGCUAUGACUUCUUUCUCCGCUGCGUGGUUUGCUUCCUGCAAUCGUCGUUAUAGAAAGAAUGAGAGUUCUAAAGAGGUUUCUGGUUCACCAAGUCGUUCUUCAUCACAAGAAGGCACAAAUGACGUCAACCAGUUUCUUGACGGCCAGAUUUUGGAUAAUGGAGAGCUUCAAGUGGCAAUCUAUGCAAAAGAAGAUGGAGAUUUGGCAGAGAAAAUGAGGGAGGAUACUGAUGAUUCUGAGAAUAAAGAGGUGUCAUUGCAAUUUCAAGAAAGUACUUCGAUGACCAAUUCUAUCUUGACUAAAUCAUCUGAGUCACUUAAAUGCCUUGAGUCUAAUUCAAGUAAUUUCGUUGUUUCUGAAGAAAUUAAAUCUUCUGGUCUUAUUUUUGGACCUCCUGAACUGAGCACUGUGCAUCCAAUCAUGUUUGCAACAGAAAUGUCAGAAUUGAAUUUGGAAAAAGACCAGAAAGAAAAUGAAUUUCAUCCUGAUCUCUGUCGACUGACAGUGGAUACUGAGUCUCUUUCUUCUCCAGAUUUCCUAGAUGAUGCUCAUGGUGUAGUUAGUGGAGGAAGCACCUUGCAUACCACACUUCUUGGAGAGGCUGAAGUUACUAGCUUCCAUGACAUUAUCAAAGAAUCUGUUGGAAAAGAUCUCUACACCUUUUAUGAGGCAAACCAAUCAGCACAAAAAUCUCCAACAAACUUAAAUGUUCUGCAGCCAAUAUCUUCUCAUGCCUUCGUUCCAAACAGCAGUAGUUUUUCUGUUCUAAAGAGGAAAAUUGAAGCAAAAGAGUCAUUUUCCAAAAAAGAAGUAAAAGGGUCAGAGUUAUCAGUGCAGAACCCUCUUCAAACUGCAGAUACCAUUCAGGAGAAAAUUUCUUUUUCAAAUUUUAAAGGAGGCUCUCCUGGAAAAAGAAAGGAUUUAGGAAGAAGUAGGGGGUUUCAAAGAGAGAAUGAAAGAAGACAUCUGAUCCAGGACACUGACAAUAAUUUGUCCCAAUUCCACUACCCAAAUGGGAUUCAUGUUGAUGGCAAACGCCAUCCUCAAGAGCAAUUAAGUGCUUACAAUUCUUUACUACGAGAUGGGAGGUUAACUGACUGUGUAGAUUUGCUUGAAGACAUGGACAGAAGGGGCUUACUCAAUAUGGAAAAGGUUUAUCAUGCAAAGUUUUUCAAAACCUGCAAAAAUCGAAAAGCUGUUAAAGAAGCUUUUCGUUUUACCAGGCUGAUUCCAAACCCAACCCUGAGCACAUUUAACAUGUUGAUGUCUGUGUGCACAAAUUCUCAAGAUUUAGAGGGUGCAUUUCAGGUUUUUCAACUUGUCCAAAUGGCUGGACUUAAAGCUGAUUGCAAACUUUACACCACAUUAAUAUCAACCUGUGCUAAGAGUGGGCAAGUUGAUACAAUGUUUGAGGUGUUUCAUGAGAUGGUGAAUUCUGGAGUGGAGCCAAAUGUUCAUACGUAUGGUGCACUUAUAGAUGGUUGUGCCAGGGCUGGGCAAGUAGCUAAGGCAUUUGGUGCUUAUGGUAUAAUGAGAUCCAAGAAUGUGAAGCCGGACCGAGUUGUAUUUAAUGCACUUAUUACUGCAUGUGGUCAAUCUGGAGCGGUAGAUCGUGCUUUUGAUGUGUUAGCAGAAAUGAGUGCUGAGACACACCCUAUAGACCCUGAUCAUGUCACUGUUGGCGCAUUAAUAAAGGCAUGUGCCAAUGCUGGUCAGGUUGAUCGAGCACGGGAAGUUUACAAGAUGAUCCAUGAAUACAACAUCAAGGGCACUCCUGAGCUUUAUACCAUUGCUGUUAAUUGUUGCAGCCAGACUGGUGAUUGGCAAUUUGCCAUCAGUGUGUAUAGUGACAUGAAAAGCAAAGGCGUGGUUCCUGAUGAGGUGUUUAUCAGUGCAUUAAUAGAUUUUGCUGGGCAUGCUGGUCAGCUGGAUGCUGCUUUUGAGAUCCUACAGGAAGCAAGAAAGCAAGGGAUAAAUAUCGGGAUCGUGUCAUAUAGUUCAUUGAUGGGAGCCUGUAGCAAUGCCAAAAACUGGCAUAAGGCGCUGGAGCUAUAUGAACAAAUCAAAUCUAUUAAGCUAAAUCUAGCAGUUUCAACAAUGAAUGCUUUGAUCACUUCCUUGUGUGAAGGUGAUCAGCUGCCUAAGGCAAUAGAUAUCCUAUCCGAGAUGAAGAGAUUAGGGUUGUGUCCAAACACCAUCACAUACUCAAUUCUUUUGGUGGCCAGUGAAAAAAAGGAUGACUUAGAAGUAGGGCUUAUGCUCCUCUCUCAAGCCAAAGAAGAUGGGAUUGCACCUAACCUCAUCAUGUCUAGAUGCAUAAUUGGCAUGUGCUUGCGAAGGUUUGAGAAGGCUUGGAUGGUUGGUGAGCCUGUUUUGUCUUUCAACUCAGGACAGCCACAAAUUGAAAACAGAUGGUCAUCACUGGCCUUAAUGGUCUACCGUGAAACAAUUGUAGCUGGUACAAUACCUACCAUGGAAGUUGUUUCACAAAUUCUAGGAUGCUUGCAGUUCCCUCGUGACAUUUCCUUGAAAGAUAGAUUUGUUGGGAACCUGGGAUUUGGAGAAUAUGAUCCUCGUGCUUUUUCAUUGCUUGAGGAGGCUGCUUCUUUCGGGGUUGUCCCAUGCGUAUCCUUCAAAGAAAGUCCUAUUGUUGUUGAUGCAAGAGAGUUGCAUAUUCGUAUUGCCGAGGUUUACCUCCUAACAGUUUUGAAAUGUCUCAAGCAUCGGCUUGCUGCUGGUGCAAAGUUACCCAGUAUAACCAUCUUACUGCCCUCAGAGAAAGCACAGGUUAUCUCUUCUAAAGGAGAGAAAGCAGUCAAUCUUGCAGGCAGGAUUGGUCAAGAAAUUGCAUCGUUAUUGAGGAGGAUUGGACUAACGUACCAAGGGAAUGAAUCAUAUGGGAAAAUCAGAAUCAGUGGGUUUAAGUUAAAGAGAUGGUUUCAACCAAAACUUUCUUCUUUCAAUGGAAAACCAGGGGAGUGGAGCUCCUCCCAGUGGCGAUUAGGAAAAGGAAUAGCUCAUCAGCAGCGCAGCAUUCGAACUGGCAAUCUUUCUUUGGAAUAACAAGGGGAAUAUUUGUCCGCCUCCUGGGAAACAACUUAGAAAAUAACAGUCUCCCUUCAACAUAAUCUAUGCUCUUAACUGUUAGUAAAUAUGUAGCAUUUGUUCCAGCCGUUGCUACCUUUGGAAAUUUCAAGGAGAAUUUGGAAGCUCCUUUCUUCCAUAGAUUUGGUACAACUUUAGAUACAAAGGCAGGCAAACAACAAGGGAAAGUAACGGUAGAUCCAGUGUAAAAGUGAUGCUAUACGCUCCAUUUUGAUAAUUUAGUCAUAAAGAUCAUCACUAUAGAGUUACCAUUCGAGCGGGCAUGGCAUUCAGUAUUCCACUGACAUGUCGAAUACACCCUGGAAAUCAAUAAGGAUGAUGCAUACUACUUGUAGAUUAUUAGCAACUGUUCUUGUGUAUACAGCACAAUAAGGAUAACCAUGGAAU